CCAAGUGUCUCCUCCAAAAAUCUUGACCUCCUCAAGUCAAUUUAAUUGUAUGAUAAGAGAAAACUAAAGAACUGAGACAGAGCUGGAGAAAUGUCUAGGAGCUGGAUUAGGGAUGGAUACAAGAACGUGGCCGAUGUUUUUAGCAAAGCAGACCUAAAAAAUAGGCAUUUUCCCACACUGAAAGGGCAUCCUGCUGCUCAACAACAUGCAGAACAAGUUGUCGAAUCGCACCAUGCUCUUCAAGAAAACAUCAAAGCACUGAAAAAAGAGUUCAAGAUUUACAGAUGGAACCCUGAUAAUCCAUACCAGAAGCCAUAUCUUCAAUCUUACUUUGUAGAUCUUUCUACUUGUGGGCCCAUGGUUCUUGAUGCAUUGCAAAAGAUAAAGGCAGAGGAUGAUUCAAGUUUGAGUUAUAGGAGAUCAUGCAGAGAAGGAAUAUGUGGUUCAUGUGCCAUGAAUAUCGAUGGCACCAAUACGGUAGCAUGCCUUAAGCCAAUUGAUGUAGACACUAGCAAGGCUACUUUCAUCACUCCCCUUCCCCAUAUGUAUGUUAUCAAAGAUUUGGUUGCUGAUCUCACCAAUUUCUACCAACAAUACAAGUCAAUUGAGCCAUGGCUUAAGACUAAAAAGCCCCCACCUGAAGGGCGUGAAUACAAGCAGACUCCAGCUGAAAGAAAGAGACUAGACGGUCUAUAUGAGUGCAUUCUAUGUGCUUGUUGCAGUACUUCAUGCCCUUCUUAUUGGUGGAACCCUGAAAAGUUUCUCGGACCAGCAGCAUUACUUCAUACCUACCGUUGGAUUACAGACAGUCGAGAUGAUUUCACAGAUGAACGGCUACAGGCAUUGACACAGGAUGAAACACGGUUAUAUCGGUGCAGGACUAUAAGGAACUGUACUGCUACAUGCCCGAAAAGCCUGAAUCCGGCAAAUGCUAUUAACAAGAUGAAGACUAGACAUCUGAUUUCUCAGCCUGUCGAGAAGAUGGAAGGUCAAGAUCAGCAGGCAUUUGGUCAGGCUUAAAUAUUGUGGAGACUGGAGAAUCGAGGAAGUUUAGUUUGUUAAAAUAUAUGCAUCUAGUGAAGUUUUGAUGAUGUUGUAAUUGAUAUAUAAAGAGAGCAUUUUGUGACACUUUCAGGUUAAUUUAACUGGAAAUUAGACUGGUGUGUUCUUUGGCUCUUGUGCAA